UCUUUCCCCAUUCCCACUCCGCAGUGUCCCCGGCGCGGCGCCCACCCACCCACUUCGCCGGCGGCGGGAGGAGCUUUGGCCGGAGCCUCCCCCGCCGCCGCCGCCGCCGUCCUCACCGCCGCAUCGCCGCAGGAGGAGGAGGAGGGACGCGGCCAUGGGGCACGGGGUGAGCUGCGCGCGCACCGGCGACGAGCACGACUUCUUCCGCGCGGCGCAGCUCGGGGACCUCGACGCCCUGGGCGCGCUCCUCGCCGCCGACGCCUCUCUCGCCCGCCGCGCCACGCUCUACGACCGCCUCUCCCCGCUCCACAUCGCCGCCGCCAAUGGCCGCCUCGAGGCGCUCUCCAUGUUCUUGGAUCGCGGGGCGCAGCUGGACGCCGUGGAUCGGCACAAGCAGACUCCCCUGAUGCUCGCCGCGAUGCACGGAAAGAUCGGCUGCGUGGUGAAGCUCCUCCAGGCCGGCGCAAACAUCUUGAUGUUCGACUCGGUGCACGCGCGGACCUGCCUCCACCACGCGGCCUACUACGGCCACGUCGACUGCCUGGACGCCAUCCUCUCCACGGCGCGGACCACGCCGGUGGCCGGCUCAUGGGGGUUCGCCCGGUUCGUCAACGUCCGGGACGACCACGGCGCGACGCCGCUGCACCUCGCGGCCAGGCAGGGCCGGCCGGGCUGCGUGCAGGUGCUGCUGGAGAACGGCGCCAUCGUGUCGGCAUUGACCGGAUCAUAUGGCUUCCCUGGUAGCACGUCGUUGCAUCUGGCCGCUCGCAGCGGGGACUUGGAUUGCAUCCGGAAGCUGCUCGCGUGGGGAGCUGAUCGGCUCCAAAGGGACUCUGCUGGGAGAAUUCCCUAUGUGGUGGCGCAGAAGCGCAACCAUGGAGCAUGCGCAGCACUGCUGAACCCUUCUUCGGCGGAGCCCAUGGUCUGGCCGUCCCCGCUGAAGUUCAUCAGCGAGCUCGACCCGGAAGCCAAGGCUCUGCUGGAAGCGGCCCUGACGGAAGCCAACAGGGAGAGGGAGAAGAAGAUCUUGAAGGACGCAAAGUGCUCGCCGCAGUCCCCUUUGCAAUACGACGAUGAUCACAUCGACGACGACAUGUUCUCGGAGGUGAGCGACACGGAGCUGUGCUGCAUCUGCUUCGACCAGGCGUGCACCAUCGAGGUGCAGGACUGCGGGCACCAGAUGUGCGCGCCGUGCACGCUCGCGCUGUGCUGCCACAACAAGCCCAACCCGGCGACGCUCACCCUGCCCUCGCCGGCCUGCCCGUUCUGCCGCGGCAGCAUCUCGCGGCUGGUGGUGGCCCAGACCCGGACAGCAGACGGCGGCGACCCCGACAGGCCAGCCUCCCCGCAGCUCGCGCACCGGCGGUCCCGGCGCUCUCACAACCUCAGUGAGGGCAGCAGCAGCUUCAAGGGGCUGUCCUCGGCCAUCUCCAAGAUCGCCCGCGGCUCGAGCCGGAUGGCCGAGAGCGGCGACAGCGCUGCGAUGGACAAGCCCGAGCACGAUCCAUGACCGAGGCAGAACACACACACACAAGACGGACAUUGCCAGUGAGCUCACAUUUUGGACCUCCACAGCCUCCCCAGAUGAUGAGAAGAGAAGAGGAAAAAUUCCAUGGAAGUUCUAGGUAGGAACCAAAUAAGCGUCCUCCAUUUCCACCCAUCCUUUUGUUUGUCUGCCCUGUAUUUUUGGAGUCGCCGGCCAAUCUCGGAAAUGCAUAUAGUCCAGUGGAGCUGUUCAUCAUGGAGUCUGGUGUUGGUGGAUGAUGCAGAGAUCUGAUCGGACUGUGAGAGCUGCCAUUGCUGCUGCUUCACAGUCCAAUGAUAUCUGAGUCCGGCCUGCCGCGGCCAUGCCAUGGCAUGUGAGCGCUGUCCCCACGCUGUCCUGUGCGUUGGAUCACGGCCAUUUUUGGCCCUUAAUGCCUGUCGUUUAAUGGCAGCGCGGCGGCAGGGUGGUCCGGUCCGGUCCUUGGAUCGCCAUGACUGACUUUGGCUGCUGCUGCGGUGCUGCCUGCCUAGAUGAGUUUUAUGACAUUGUAGAUGGCACUACUACUGCCACUUGAUCUGUCACUGUCCGGCUACUUCUUGCUGUAACAUAUUGCAACUGCAUGCAAUGAUCUUGAACUCUACUGCUCCAAA